UCAUCUUGCAACCAGAUAUUUUCCAUCACUGACAUAAUAGGACUAACGUUAUCGUCAGGCUGAUUUUCCUACGGUGGAAUGACUUGAUCGUCUCCUGCUAGUGCCGUGCUUCUGUCGCAUAGCAGCUGCUCCUGCCUCCUGCCUGCUCCGUCGCUCAUACAGCUGCUCAGGAACGUCGCACACCAGCCUUAACCGCCUAGCGAGAACCUGCUGUUUACCCUUUACAUGUCGCUCCCUGAGAACUCUAUUUAGUGCACAUAUUUUUAGCCAUUGUGGCCUUCCUUUAUACUUAACAACACAUCAUGCCUCGACGAGGUCGUGCUCGAGAAUACGACGAGGAGGAUAUGUACGAAGUUGAGCGUGAUGUGUAUCCACGACGAGGCAGGGAUGAGCGUUUCUUCGAGGAAGAUAUAAGAUACAAACGUCGAGGAUCGGAGGGACUACCGCUUGACAAACUUGAACGCUUACACCUGGAAGCUCAAAGAAAACCGGAGAUGUUACGUGAGCCUCAUGGCUAUCCUCGUGAUUUAGCGCCACCAAUCCUUAGGCGUGAGCCAGAAGACCUUGAACCACCUCGUGAGAGGCCGCGCCGCUUGAAGAAAGACUGGGAUGAACCCCCUCUUCGUGGACGGCCUCGUUCGAGGGACAGGGAUCUAGAGGAAGAGAUCACGUUUCGCGAGGAAACGGAUCGAAGAUACACUGAUAGCGAGUCUGACAGUGAUAUUGUUCUUGUGCCGAGAAAAGAACGACCGGUGCAUCGACGCAGGUAUGAGAUUCCAGAGGUCGCACCUAAGCCACGCAGUCGGAGUCUUCUGGAGGAAAGAAGACUGCGAGAACUGGAUUAUAAGCAAGGUGACGUGCGGCUUCGAAAGCCCGAAGUGGAGGAACACCAUAGGAGGCACCGCAGUGGCCCUUUCUAUGAGAGGUCAUCGCAUUCGCGACACAGGCACAGAUCACACCGACACAAAAGUUUAGAUGAUGCUGACGACGAGCUCGAUGAAGAGGUCGAUGAGGAGGAAGUCUCAUUCUGGGACCCUAGGGAAAGAAGACCUGAGCGAAGUGUUGAGGAAAAGGAGAUUAUCUUCGAAAGACGGGAAGGGUCGUCAUCUCCAGAAAUUGCAAUCCCUAGAGUUCCAUCGCCGGGGCACGGUAGACCUAUUCGUGAUGGCUUUAGAACAAAGCCUAGCAUGUCUCGGGCUCAUAGCCCUGAAAUCACAGUUACAGAAGCAGAAUUUCGCGAACGUGAGAGACGCCGGAAAGGACGACGGGACAAGGAGGAGCUCCUCAUUCUUCGACGAGAGGAAGAGGAAUUCCCUCAACCUCGGCGGGAAAAGGUUGUACCUAUCGACCCUCCGAGGCCUAGGUCUAUGGAGCGCGAAAAGGAAAAGCUUACAGUGAUACGGCGGGAUGGUAGCCGAGAGUCGCUCGUCGAAGAAGAAUUUGAAGAAGAGGAUUACUACAGGCUCCGUGGGCAUCGCACGCCUCCUAGGAAGGACAUUAAGACCAUGAAGGAGCUGGAUAUCGUCAGAGCCGAACCCAAGGAAGAGAAACGGACUGAGAUAGUGACACAAGAAAUUAAGCCUUCACGAUACGGAGAUCGUGAGUCUAAGCUUGUUGUUAAAGACGUGAAAGAGUCUGACAAUAUCCCGGAACGACAACCUGGGCGAAUAGGACGACGAUACGUUGGACUCAAAGACCGUCGUGACGGCCUUUGGACGGAGAUUACGAAGGACCUGAUAGUGAGAGAGGCCCUUGAGCGGUCUGGCUAUGAGUAUGAGGAGACCGAGUCCUUCUAUUACAUAUUUUCCUACCUCGAGCAGAACGACGUCGACGCACUGAUUGAGCGCUCGGAAGAGAUUCGGCGUGCGCGCCGUCGUCGAAUUCAAGAGAUCCACCGCGAGCGAGCAUCUCUGCCUCGUGUAGCUGCUCCUCCUCCACCACCUCUGAUACCUGCAGCCGAGAAAGCAGCGCCCCUGCUUCUCGACAACCAACCACCACCUCCCCGCUUCAUUCGGGAUGAGCGGAGAAAGAAGGAACGGGAUCUGGUCGUCGAGGGCAACCGCUGGAGGGGCCCUCAGCGCCCAGGGCGGUGGUGAAACAGCGGACUUUUUUUUUUUUUU